AUGAUGGUUGAUGCGACUGCAGGCCACGAGCUUCUUAGUUUCAUGGAUGCCUUCUCAGGGUACAACCAGAUCUUAAUGCACCCGAGCGACCAAGAGAAGACAGCCUUCAUCACAGAGAGGGGAACCUACUGCUACAAGGUAAUGCCGUUCGGACUCAAGAAUGUCGGGGCCACCUACCAACAGCUAGUCAACAAGAUGUUCUCCGACCACUUAGGAGAGACUAUGGAGGUUUACAUCGAUGACAUGCUCGUCAAGUCCCUGAUUGCCGAGCAACAUCUUGACCACCUUAGCCAGUCCAAGAAGUUCGACUGGACCUCCUCCUGCAAAAAAGCCCUACAACAGCUAAAAAGGUAUUUGACCACCCCCCCGCUUCUUUCCAAACCUGUGGAUGGGGAGAAGCUCUACACUUACCUGGCGGUCUCAGAGACAGCCAUAUCAGCAGUACUAGUUCAGGAAGAAGAAACGAAGCAGUCAUUGGUCUACUAUAUAAGCAAGUCUCUCCUCGACGCAGAAACUCAGUACAGUCAGCUGGAAAAGUUGGCCCUCGCUCUCGUCCAUGCAUCUAGGAAACUCAUACUAUACUUCCAGUGCCACCCCAUAGUCGUAACCACCUCCUUCCCACUCAAGAAGAUACUACACAAACCAGAACUAUUAGGCCGACUCAUGCAAUGGAUGGUAGAGCUCAGCGAGUUCGACAUAUCUUACCAACCCCGCACCGCCGUCAAGUCCCAAGCACUAGCAGACUUCAUUGCUGACUUCACACCAAGCACCACCACCCAAGCUGAAAGAGAGUUACUAUGCAUGAACGACACAUCACCCUCCAAGUGGACUCUCUUAGUGGAUGGAUCGAGUAAUGUGAAUGGAAGCGGACUUGGAAUAGUACUGAUCGCACCAGAGGGAGACAUCGUCCAGCGAGCAAUCUGGUGUGGGUUCAAGUACAUGAAUAACGAGGCUGAAUAUGAAGCCCUCAUAGCUGGACUUUCCUUGGCCAGAGAAAUUGGAGCAAAGAGACUAGAAGUGAAGUCCGAUUCCCAGCUCUGGCCAGCCAACUGGAAGGAACAACCACCGAACAAGCCUCCCGUAGAAGCCAUGGGCAUUGAACAAGCCGACUAUUGGAUGACUCCGAUAGUAAGAUACCUGGAAAAUGAUGAACUCCCGGCUGACAAGAACCAAGCACGCCGACUGAAAGCAAGAGCCGCCAGGUUCACCAUACAUGAGGGCCAACUCCUUAGAAAGUCAUUCUCAGGCACCUAUCUCAAAUGCAUAAGCCCAGAAGAAGCCUAA